CUGACACUUGAUGAAGAGUCAGUGACAAAACUGAAACGGUCGAAAUUGGGAAAAAAAUUUAAUAAUCUAAAAUAUUAUUAGUUUGAUUGUUAUAAUUGCUUUGUGAGUGUUGACUGAUUUUUGAAUCUAAAUACUGAAUGGGUUAUACGAAAGGUGAUGACGAUGAUUAUGGACAGUCCAAAGCGGGUUGUUUUAAGGUUCGAUGGGCGAUCUGUGUGAUCACUUUAGUGAUGAUCUUCAGUUUGAUUUCGACAAAAGCGUCACUUUCAUUGUCCAUUGUCGCGAUGACCGAUCCAAACUACGAGGAUGUACCAAUUGAAUUGACUAAUGGGACCAAAUUACCAGAAGGAUCUGACCCGCCGACUAUACAAGUACAACGAAAUAAACAUUACAUCAAUUGGACUCAUUCAACUAACGAUCAAUUGUUAGAAGCGACCUUUAUUGGUGCUGUUUUAUCACCUAUUCCUGCAGGUCGGAUAAGUGAAAAAUUUGGUCCUCGAAAAGUGGCUUUUAUCUUGGCGUUAUUAGCUGGUGUCACAAUGUUACUUUUCCCCAUCGCAGCUCAGUGGUCUUUUCAGGCUGCUUUUGCGAUUCGUAUUAUUCAUGGUAUUUGUGUCGGUUGUGCGGCUCCUUGUGCCCAUGUUUUGGUCUCUCGAUGGGCACCUAAAUAUGAGAAAACACUUUUUGUCUCAAUAAUGAACUCCGGUGGACUUUUAGCCAAUGUCAUUACUCACCCGUUGGUCGGUUUACUUUCUUCCUCCGACUUUCUCGGUGGUUGGCCUGCAGUCUUUUAUAUCUUCGGUAUUAUCCAACUAGUCACUGCUUUCUUUUGGCUAUUCUUCGUCCAUGAUGACCCUGAAAGUCACCCAUUUAUCUCUGAUGCCGAAAGGAAAGAGAUCAUUGAGAAUCGAUCAUCAAGCUCGGAAGACUCAAAUGUAUCUUUACCAUGGAGAUAUGUUCUGACCUCAGCUCCUGUUUGGGCUCUUAUAUUGUCUAAUUUUGCCUGGGGCUGGUUGGAGUCCAUCAUUUCGGGAUUGAUACCUUCGUUUUUUAAAACAGUUCUUGACCUGCCAAUUGAACAGAAUGGUCUUGUAUCAGCUUUACCUUAUAUCGUUUCCAUAUUCAGUUCUAAUUUAAUCAGUUGGACUUCGGAUAAAUUGCGAUCGCAGGGAAAAUACUCAACUUCAGCUCUACGAAAAUUUUUCGCCGACAUUGGUUUCAUUGGUUCAUCUUUGCUGUUGGUCGGUGCUACUUAUGUUGGUAGACGAACUGGAUUAGUUGUAGCGUUUGUUGUCGCAUCAAAGGCUAUCGGUGUCUCUCAGGUCGCUGGUUGUUACAUUAUGCAUUUGGACAUUUCCCCGACUUAUGCUGGUUCGUUGGUUGGUCUUAUGGAGACCUCACAAAAUAUUGCUUCGGUUAUUAUGAACCAAGCGGCUGCACUGAUUGUCGGUGAUGAACCGACGCUCGAAUCCUGGUCAAACUUUUUCUUAAUAACUGCUGGAUUAAGUAUAUUUGGUACUCACUAUUUUGCCCUUUUGGGUUCAUCUAAGCUACAGAAAUGGGAUCCAACCUUCAAGACGGAAGAACAAGCGAUCGAAGAUGAUCUUAAUGGUGAUGAAGUGACACAAACCAUGUACGAUCCUUCAAUUAUAAUCAAAGAUUCUCGGAGAAAUACAAUCGUAUCAAUGCAAUUCCCACCCAAUCUUUCACAACUUAAUUCAUCUUAUUAGUGACAAUCUUGUAAACAAAUUGCUUUUAUUUCAUAAAUCUAAUCCUCACGGAGAUAAAAGUUAAUCUUAUCUAGAUAAUCAACAAAGCUUCAUGGGAUUUUAUUCAUUGAGCAAGUUACUCUUAGAUAUACAUUUCAUCCAUUUACUAAUUAAUUCAUCUUAUUCAAUAAACUAAUUCUAAACAACGCAGAUUAA